AUGGAUCAACAGAGCGAAUCCCAGAAGGAGGUUGAGCUGCGCCGAAAACGUGCUCGUGACCGCAAGGCACAGCAGGCAAUGCGUGACCGAACCAAGUGGACGAUAAAUUCUCUUAGCGAGCAAGUUUCCGUCCUGAAUGCGACCAUAGAUGAGCGAUCGUGUGAGCUUCAGUCUCUCAGGCUGACCGUCACCCAGCUCGAGGCCGACAAUGCACACCUUCGCACACAAAACGCUGCUCUACAACUGAGUCUCCUGGGCCGUGUUGUAGACGGGAACGAGACUUCGACAGUCUCACCAGGACUUAGCCCUAUCAGUGUGGAUAGUGUACAUGUCCCCCCAUGGGAACUCUCCCCGCGAAAUACCCUCGCUGGGUGUCUCGCAGACGACAUUUUGCAGGAUUUCAUCAACCAAACACGGACAACAGGGCUGGCCAGCACCCCGCUAACUACUGAAGAUCAGAGUUCGAUGUCCACAUGGAAACCGAACCUAUGCAGUCUCCUUGACAGGAACCAUCGCCCGGACGACAAGAUCAGUAAUGUCGUAGCCGGUAUCGUCAAUGCGUACACAGAAAUUGAAGACCUACCCAGACAGGUGGCUGUCUUUGUCAACCUUGCCCAUCUCCUCAACUGGAUGGUUCUUUUGGACCGAGAUAGUUGGGAGCUGCUUCCAGACUGGCUCAGGCCAGUGCCUAUCCAGGUGGCCACUCCACACGCCGCCUGGAUUGACCGUAUUCCUUGGCCUCGUGCGCGAGAGUACUUGAUCAUCCAUCCGGAAAUUACGUUGGAUGACUUUGUCGUUCCUUAUAGCAGCAAACGACGCCCAAUACGUAUUGGGGGCGCCUCUGGCGGCUUCACUGACCGCGUUGCAGCCAUCUCACGAUUGGCUUCUAAUCCAGAAGUCGAUGCCAUUGUUGGCGACUGGCUCUCCGAAAAUGUCAUGACAGGAUAUGGUGCUGGCAAGGCAAAGAAGAAACCACAAGCCGGUCUCUCAUUGGAGGAGAGAAAGCAGAACGCCAUGUACGCCAGCACAUUUUUACAAUGUUUUGAGCCUGCCAUUUCUCAUCUAGCAAAGAACAAUACGAAGCUGGCAGUCAAUGCUGGCGCCAGUGAUACUGAGCUGCUCGCUGAAGUUGUCAAAGACAUGGUCGAGAAAGCAGGAUACUCGAUGAAAGUUGCAUGGGUGGAGGGUGAUGAUGUUACCUUACCAUUCCAACAAAUGGUUGCAAGUGGCCACACAUUUCAUAGCCUCACUGAUGGAAAGUCCUUGGAUGAAUGGGGACACAAACCGCUAUGCGCACAAGCCUACCUGGGAAGCUUUGGAAUAGCCGAAGCCCUACGAAAAGGAGCCGAUAUUGUCAUUUGUGGGAGAGUCUCGGAUGCAGCGCCGACUAUUGGUCUCGCCGCUUGGUGGCACAACUGGGGGCCGGCUCAGCUUGAUGAACUGGCCGGCGCUCUAAUUGCUGGCCACAUCAUUGAGUGCUCUGCCUUUGCCACAGGCGGGUAUUACAGCAGAUUUAAGGAUUUGAUGAAGUCCCGUUCACACCUUAACCUUGGCUUCCCUAUUGCUGAAGUGUUCCACACCGGAGAGUGCAGAAUUACGAAAGAAAAGAACACAAACGGCGUGGUCAACACAGAGACCGCCAUAUCGCAACUGGUAUAUGAAAUUUCAGGACCGCUAUACUUCAAUUCCGAUGUAGUCGCCAAUAUUCAUGACAUUCGCCUAGAACAAGUAUCAAGUGAUCUAGUUCACGUUUCCGGGGUGAAAGGUUUACCACCGCCUCCAACAACACGCUGUGGUGUGACCGCUCAUGGUGGCUAUCAAGCUGAAUGGCACUUUUAUCUCGUCGGGUUAGACAUCGAGGAGAAAUGCCAAUGGAUGGAGGAACAGGCAAGACAUGCCAUUGGUGACGAAAUUAUGAGCCAGUUCACAAUGCUCAAGUUUCAUGUCCACGGCACAAGCCCACCAGACCCUCUGAAUCAGGAAAUUGCUACAGUUGAUUUUCGAAUCUUUGCUCAAGGGCCUACUGCAGACCUAUUUGACGGUACAAAGCCAGACGGUUUCGCUCGGAAAUUAUACGAGACUGUCCUGCAAUCAUGCCCAGGGGUCUCACGUCCAAACGACCUUCGUCAAUCCGCCGCAAAGAGCUAUUGGGAAUAUUUCGUCACAAGUAUCCCCCAAAGCGCCUGCAACCAUCGCGUUCAUCUACUAUUUGGCGAUGAAUCUAUUACAGGCAUACCUCUACCCCCAGAAACGCAUGUGUAUGGCCCUCAGUCGUCAUACGACCCGUCACCAACUCGAGAUUUAUCUUUUUUCGGCCCUACAGAGCACGCUCCUCUCGGUUGGGUUGCAUUGGCCCGCUCCGGCGACAAGGCAUCAGAUGCCAACGUAGGAUUCUUCGUCCGGCAUGAGGCGGACGAUGAGGAGUGGGAGUGGCUGCGGUCAAUACUCACCAUCGACAAGAUCAAAGAGCUCCUUGGGCCACAUGAGUAUAGCGGCAGUCGGAUCGACCGCUUCGAGAUGAAGAAUAUCAGAGCAGUGCAUUUCCUCCUCAAGGACCAUUUGGACAGAGGAUAUAACUCUGGGAGUAAGCUGGACACUUUGGCCAAAAAUCUAGGGGAGUACUUGAGAGCCAAGUUUGUUCCUAUUCCGAAGAAGUUCUUAGAGAACGGGCACAUAUAA